UGAUGGAACAAUGGUGGAACACUAUAAAAGGAAUUUUACCUCAUAAGUUGGGAAUAUAUCUCAUCCCAUUUCCUUUCCUCCUCCGAUCUCUCGAUUUCCAGGCGAGGGCGAAGCUCCCUAUCGGAAGUCCAGAUCCCAGUUCCGGCGAUCGAUAGAUUUCGUUGGUGGCUAGGUUAGAUCGGGGAGGAGAUGGGGGUGUUCUUUUCUAGGUUCUGGUUCUUGAUGUUUCCCGCGAAGGAGUACAAGAUCGUGGUCAUUGGGUUGGACAAUGCCGGAAAGACUACGACGCUGUACAAACUGCACCUGGGGGAGGUCGUGAACACCAGUCCCACGGUCGGCAGCAACGUGGAGGAGGUCGUCUAUAAGAACAUACGAUUUGAGGUGUGGGAUCUAGGAGGACAAGAAAGGCUGAGAACAUCAUGGGCGACAUACUAUCGUGGAACUCAUGCUGUUAUUGCUGUAAUAGACAGUACUGACCGAGCUCGGAUCAGUAUCAUGAAGGAUGAACUUUUCAGGCUCCUUCAACAUGGUGAUCUUGAGCACACUGUGGUACUCGUAUUUGCCAACAAGCAGGAUCUGAAAGAUGCCAUGUCCCCUGCUGAGGUAACUGAAGCCCUCUCGCUACAUAGCAUCAAGAACCAUGACUGGCAUAUCCAGGCUUGCUGUGCCCUUACAGGCGAGGGGUUGUAUGAUGGGUUGGGAUGGAUAGCUGAGCGAGUUGGCAAGCCAGCGACCUGAAGUAAACAUCCUUUACAUGCAUCGUCUCUGUAUUCCCUUCGAAAGAAGACAUUGUUUGUUUGACGCUUGACGCUUUAAGAUAUGUUUUCCCUACAUUCGUAGUAUCACGUUCUUUCCUAGUCAAACAUACACCAAGUUAUUGUUUAUAAACCAUGCAAGCUGGCCAAAAUGUUCGAAUAAUUAAUUCACUUGAAUUCGUUAUGAAUAGAAGUUGCCGUUCCUUUUC